AUGCUCAAAUCUCUGAUGAGCUCGCCGGAGAUGGACGCCGGAAUAUGGUCCAACUUACCGGAGGAGGUUCUGGAGCGUAUUCUCUCUAUGCUGCCUCUCAAAACGUUUAUGGUGCUGAGAUCAACUUGCAAGCAUUUCAAGUCUCUGUUAUUCUCACCCCCUUUCAUUUCCAAGCACUCUUCCUCCUCCUCCAGUUCCUCACCCUUCUCUUCUUUCCUCAUGCUUUCUCACCCCCAGUGCUACCCCCACUUCCCUCUCUACGACUCGCCGCUCGGCGCGUGGCGCAGGUUCGCUCUUUCACUCUCGGAAUUGCUACCCUGCGCUGCAGGACCAGUCUCUCUGCUCUCCAUCUCCAAUGGCCUGCUCUGUUUCUCUCUGCCGAGCUCAUCUUCCUUUGUUGUGUGUAACUUCAUGACCAAGUCAUCCAGAGUGAUCAAAUUCCCUACCAACCCUUUUGGUUUUGAGCUCCUUACUUUGGUUUCCACUCCAGUUGGGUACAAUAUUUUCAUGCUCUCUUCUGGUUCUUCCACCAAGACUAGAACCUUUGUGUAUGAUUCGAAAAUCCAAUCAUGGCAAAACUUCAGCGCACUGGAUACAAUUCUCAGUGACAAUCAUCAUCAACAAGGUGUUCAUUUCAAAGGGUCUCUCUACUUUUCGACCCCGGAGCCAUUCUCAGUUGUCAAGUUUGAUUUGGAGAGUGGUAAGUGGGGGAGAGACAAUAUUGAACUACCUGGAGAGCUUGUUUUUGUUCGAUUAGUGAGUGAUGAAGGAAAAGGGAAGAUGUAUUUGAUUGGUGGGAUUGGUAGGAAUGGGAUUUCGAGAAGCAUGAAAAUCUGGGAAUUGUGUGAAGGCCAGAAUUGGGUGGAGAUUGAGAGGGUGCCUGAAAUGAUGUGUAGAAAGAUAAUGUCAGUUUGUUACCAUCAUUACGAGCAUCUCUAUUGCUUCUGGCAUCAGGGUUUAAUCUGUGUUUGCUGCUAUGCAUGGCCUGAGAUUCUGUAUUACAAGGUUUCCAGGAGGACUUGGCAUUGGCUCCCAAAGAGCCCGUCAGUGCCGGAAAGAUGGGCUUGUGGCUUCAGGUGGUUUUCUUUUGUGCCGGAGUUGUAUGCUUCAGUGUGAUCAGUUAGCUCGAUACAGUCUUCAAUUUCUACUU